CUACCCAUUGCUGUUCUUUGGAUCUGCUCGGCACCAAUGUUCAGGGUCUUAGGCCAGGAAGAGUAUAUUGCGCGAGAUUCCGCAAGGUUUCUUACUGUUCUUGCACCUGGUGGCAUUGGCUACAUCUACUUCGAGGCUCUGAAAAAGUACAUGCAAGCUCAGGAAAUCAUGCGCCCAGGCACAUACGUCCUUCUGAUCACUUCUCCCCUCAGCGCCGGGCUCAACUAUCUUUUCGUGUACACUUUCAACAUGGGCCUCCUCGGCGCCCCGCUCGCCACAGGUAUUGCAUACUGGGCCUCGUUCCUCCUCCUCCUCGCAUAUGCGCGCUUUGUUGAGGGGUGGGAAUGCUGGGGAGGUUGGAGCAGCAAAUGUCUCCAGAACACCUGGGUGUUUGCACGAUUGGCCUUCCUAGGCGUCAUCCACGUCGGCACCGAGUGGUGGGCUUUCGAGAUUGUCGCUCUUGUGGCAGGAAAGCUCGGUACAAUACCCUUGGCCGCGCAAAGUGUGAUUAUGACAACCGACCAAGUCAUGAACACAAUUCCUUUCGGUGUUGGCGUCGCCACCUCUGCGCGAGUUGGGAACCUCUUAGGUGCGCGUAACGCUCAAGGUGCUGCAAGAGCCGCCAAUACGGCAGCAGUCCUUAGCAUGAUUCUCGGCGCAGUCGUUAUGGCUAUCUUGAUGGGAGCCAAGGACUUUUACGCAAGAAUUUUUAACGAUGACGUCGAGGUUAUCAAGCUCACUGCGAAGGUCAUGCCGUAUGUCGCUCUCUUCCAGAUUGCGGACGGACUCAACGGAAGCUGUGGCGGCGCUUUGAGAGGCAUGGGCAGGCAACACAUCGGGGCGGCGGUGAACAUUGUUAGUUACUACUGUGGAGCUCUGCCGCUCGGGGUUUGGCUUGCCUUCAACGGCUGGGGUCUGGCUGGACUGUGGGUCGGCCAGUGCAUUGCUCUUUAUCUCGUAGGCUUUGCCGAGUGGACGAUCGUAGCGUGGAGCAACUGGGACUAUCAAGUCAAGAAAGCCUUUGACAGGAUGGACUCGGAUGACCGAGCAGAGCUGGGUGUCUCGGAGGAAGUUGCGACGAACACGUUCCACAACCAAAGAUUGUAAAAAGAUUGUAGGAUUCGAUUGAGCCGUUGACGAAUCAGAACACUGUUAGGCAUUAGCAACGCUUCUUAGACAUUAAAGGUAGAUAGGAAAACCGGGCUCAUCAUGCAGCCGAUGUCAAGUACCAGCCCAAUGUAGCUAAGCGAGUCUUGUAUCUAUACCCUUGUCACGUUCCGCUCGAACGACACUUCAACCACCUCCAC